AGCUUAUGCAGAUAAGGCAUCUGCAAAUCCAUUAUUUGUAUCUCCCUAUUCAUUGAUUAGUGAUUCUAUCAUAAUUAAAGAUGGUAUAAUUUCGGGGUGUCUUAUUAGCUCUGAAAAUAAUUUAGAAUUUAUUUUCGAAUUAUACAUACUGGAAAUUGGUGCAGUAAGGAUUCGAAUUAAUGAAAAGAAUCCUUUAAAAUCUCGGUAUGAUAAAGUAAAGGAUUGGGCCCUUGUUCAAGAUCCAUUAACUACUUUGGAAUAUAAUCAAAUCCAUUCUAAACCAGGAGUAACAUCUUUUUCUUUUGGCAAAGAAAAAAAUCAAACAGUUUCAAUUUACCAUUCUCCAUUUCGAGUAGAAUUUCUGAUUGAUGAUAUACCUACAAUCAUAUUAAAUGAUCGUGGUUUCUUCAAUUUCGAACAUUUAAGAGAAAAAGAACAAAAUAAAGAACCUCUCAAUCAAAGUAGUAGCGAAAGUUCUGUUCAUAAUGUAGAAACUUCCGGAGACAAAUUAAACUCAAAUCCGAAUGGUCCAGGAUCUAUCGGACUUGAUAUUUCAUUUCCAGGAUUUAGUCAUGUAUACGGAAUUCCUCAACAUGCGUCAUCGUUUUCAUUGAAAGAGACACGAGGAGGUAUUGGUGCUUAUUCUGAUCCUUAUCGUUUGUAUAAUUUGGAUGUAUUUGGAUAUACAAUAGACAGCCCAAUGCCACUUUAUGGAUCUAUUCCAUUUAUGAUGGCGCAUCGAAAAGGUGCAUCGGCGGCCAUUUUAUGGCUAAAUUCCUCAGAUACAUGGAUUGACAUAACUAAGAGUAAAGAGAAUAAGCAUAAUAUAUUCGGCUUACUUAAUUCCGGUAAAUCUAUUAAUUCGACCAACACUCAUUGGUUUUCCGAGACUGGCAUCAUCGAUGUAUUCGCUUUUCUUGGCAAAACUUCUUCCGAAAUUUUCCGGCAAUAUGGAUUGCUCACUGGAUUCACAGCACUGCCUCAAUAUUUUGCGAUUAGCUAUCAUCAGUGCCGUUGGAAUUACCUCGAUCAAAAAGAUGUCACUGAAGUAGACGAAGGAUUUGACAAUCAUGAUAUUCCCUAUGAUGUUUUAUGGUUAGAUAUUGAACAUACUGAUGGGAAAAAAUAUUUUACAUGGGACUUUGAUAAAUUUCCUGACCCUGAAAAAAUGCAAAAAGAUCUUAUGAUAAAAGGACGAAAGAUGGUGACGAUCAUUGAUCCGCAUGUCAAACGAGAUGAAAGUUAUCAUAUAUACAAAGAAGCUAGCGAUCUAGAUCUUUUUGUUAAAGAACCUCAUGGUAGCUCUUCGUGGAUAGAUUAUACUAAUCCUUUGGCUCAAGAAUGGUGGAGUAAAAAAUUUGCAUUUGAUCAAUAUAAGGGAUCGACAGAAGCUUUAUUCACAUGGAAUGAUAUGAAUGAGCCGUCAGUAUUCAAUAGCCCUGAACUUACAAUGCCAAAAAAUCUUAUUCAUCAUGGAGGUUGGGAACAUCGUGACUUGCAUAAUAUUUAUGGUUUUGCUUAUCAUAGAGCAACUGCUCAAGGACUUAUAAAUCGCACUGAAUCACCACGUCGACCUUUCGUGCUCUCCCGAGCAUUUUUUGUAGGUUCACAACGAUAUGGCCCUAUUUGGACGGGUGACAAUGUUGCAAGUUGGGAUUAUUUAGCCAUAUCAACUCCUAUGUUAUUGACUAUCGGUAUUUCUGGGUUACCAUUUUCUGGAGCUGAUGUCGGUGGAUUUGCAGGUGAUCCAAAGCCUGAGCUCCUGGUUCGAUGGUAUCAAGCAGGAGCUUUUCAACCCUUCUUUCGUGCGCACGCUCAUAGAGAUACAAAAAGGCGUGAACCAUGGUUAUUCGGUGAUCCAUAUACGAGUUAUAUUCGUGAUAUAAUAAAGGAAAGAUAUUCGUUGUUGCCCUUAUGGCAUACUUUAUUCUAUGAAGCUAGUACCACUGGAAUGCCAAUAAUAAGGCCUAUGUUUGUAGUCUAUCCUGACGAUGAAAAAGUUUACGAAAUGGACGAUCAAUUCUUUAUCGGAAAUUCGUUACUUGUCAAGCCUAUUGUAGAGGAAGGUCAAAUAUCUACUGAAGUCUAUUUUUCAGGAAACGAGAUAUAUUAUGAUUAUUUUACAUUUGAAAAAAUUCGUGGAUCUAUUAAAGUUCAAAUUAAAGCCCCCUUGAACAAGAUUCCAGUCUUUUUACGCGGUGGAUCUAUUAUUCCAAAGCGACAGAAAAUUAGAAAUUGCUCUUCAGCUAUGCAUUUAGAUCCUUUUACAUUAGUGAUUGCAUUAAAUGAAAAUAACGAAGCAAUCGGCUCGUUAUAUCUAGAUGAUGGUGAAACUUAUGAUUAUGAGAAAGGAUAUUUUGUCUAUCGUCAAUUUGUAUUCACUGCUGGAAAGUUGGCGUCUACAUCAUUGUCAUUAAUUGAUAAUGAUAAAAAUAUAUAUGCUAAGUCAACUAAUUCUGUUCAUGUUGAACAAAUAAUAGUGUUAGGGCUUGAUGUGAAACCUAGCAAAAUUAUCGCACAUUAUAGUAAUUGCGCUGCAGAUUCUGAUUUUGAAUUACAAUUUGACUUGAAAUGUUUUGGCACAUUGCCUGGGAUUAGUACUUCUAAUGUACUCGUUAUAAAAGGCUCCAAUCUGUUGAUCACUGAGGAUUGGACGAUAGAAUUUUUUGAAAUAAUGACAUUGCAGCGUUCUGCAGACACUCUUUAUUAUAAAACACAAUCUAGGAAAGUGCGAGAGCGAAUAUAUAAAUAUACUUCGAAUACUUUGGAAGAAGAAUAUACUUCGAAUACUUUGAAAGAAUUAACUUUGAAAGAAAUUGCUUUGAGAGUUCGAGGAAUGAUCUAUUUUUCAUUAAAAAGGCAUAAAGAAGCAAUUAUGGAUUUAGAUGGAUCAUUAGGCUAUGAUUAUAAUUUCAAAAUCAGAAUGUUGACAAUUUAUCAUCAUUUGGGUUUAGAUUUAUAA